ACUUUCUUGGCAGGUAAAUACUGCAAUGCACGAGGCCAAGCUCAUGGAAGAGUGUGAUGAGCUGAUGGAAAUCAUCCAGCAGAGGAAACAGGCGAUUGCAGUCAAGAUAAAAGAGACCAAGGUGAUGAAGCUGAGGAAGUUGGCACAGCAGGUUGCCAAUUGCCGACAAUGUCUAGAACGUUCAACAGUCCUCAUCAACCAAGCAGAGCGCAUCCUGAAAGAAAAUGACCAGGCACGAUUCCUACAAUCUGCAAAAAAUGUCGUGGAGAGGGUUGCUAUGGCAACUGCAUCCUCUCAAGUUCUCAUCCCAGACAUCAAUUUUAAUGAUGCUUUUGAAAACUUUGCUUUAGAUUUUUCCAGAGAAAAGAAACUGCUGGAGGGGCUAGAUUACUUAACAGCCCCCAACCCACCGUCUAUACAAGAAGAACUCUGUACUGCUUCCCAUGACACUAUCACCGUCCACUGGCUCUCGGAAGAUGAAUUCAGCAUCAGUUCCUAUGAGCUGCAGUACACCAUAUUCACUGGCCAGGCUAACUUCAUCAGCCUGUAUAACUCUGUGGAUAGCUGGAUGAUUGUGCCCAACAUUAAACAGAACCAUUACACAGUGCACGGACUCCAGAGUGGGACUCGUUACAUCUUUCUCGUCAAAGCCAUAAACCAGGCAGGCAGCCGGAACAGUGAACCGACCCGACUGAAAACAAACAGCCAGCCCUUUAAGCUGGACCCAAAAAUGACUCACAAGAAGUUGAAGAUCUCUAAUGAUGGCUUACAAAUGGAGAAAGAUGAAAGCUCUUUGAAGAAGAGCCACACCCCAGAAAGGUUCAGUGGCACCGGCUGCUAUGGAGCCACAGGGAAUGUAUUCCUUGACAGUGGCUGCCAUUACUGGGAGAUAGUCAUGGGGUCCUCAACCUGGUAUGCUGUUGGUGUUGCCUACAAGUCAGCACCAAAGAAUGAAUGGAUUGGCAAAAACUCAUCAUCGUGGGUCUUCUCCCGAUGCAGCAGUAACUUUGUUGUGAGGCACAACAACAAGGAAAUGCUGGUGGAUGUACCCCCUCAGCUGAAACGGGUUGGAGUCCUCCUAGACUAUGACAACAAUAUGCUCUCCUUCUAUGACCCAGCUAACUCUCUCCACCUUCAUACCUUCAAUGUCUCUUUCAUCCUCCCAGUUUGUCCAACAUUCACCAUCUGGAACAAAUCCCUGAUGAUCCUAUCUGGCUUACCUGUCCCAGACUUUAUCGAUUACCCAGAACGCCAUGAAUGCAACUGCAGGCCCCAAGAGUCCCCAUAUGUAUCUGGGAUGAAAGCUUGCCAUUAAGUCCCAAAUGAGCACGUGUUUCUGUGGCCGCUCCCCAAGGCAGAGAAUAGAACAUUCUGCCAGCAAGCAAUCUGUCCCCACCUCAUCUUCAGCUAAUCUUCACAAAAAUAAUGAAAUAAAGUCCUUUCAAAACAA